AUGGAGCUGCCAGAUUUAGGGAAACAUUGUUCUCAAGCCUCCUGUAAACAAUUAGAUUUUCUACCUAUGAAAUGUGAUUGCUGUUUUAAAAUAUACUGUGGUGAUCAUGUGAUGUAUAACAGUCACAGCUGUUCUGAAUCUUAUAAAAAGGAUAAUCAGGUACCAGUAUGUCCACUGUGUAAUUCACCGAUUCCAGUGAAGCAAGGAGAGUCAGCUGAUGUAGUUGUAGGUCGACACAUUGAUACAGAUUGUCAGUCAGACCCGGCUAAAGAGAGGAGAAAGGUGUAUACCAACAAAUGUUCAGCAAAAGGUUGUAAACACAAAGAGCUUGUUCCAGUAAUUUGUGAGAAAUGUAGAAAGAAUUUUUGUUUAAAACAUCGUCAUGAAUUAGACCAUAAUUGUCAGGUAAACUUACAUCUAACGUAUUAUUUCAGUGCUGCAGCAUUUUCCCGAUUUACCCAAUCGUCAAGUAAUACCAAGAAAUCUUCCAGUCAGAAUAAACCACAGCAGUCUUCAUUAACCAGUAUAGGUUCUCAGUUAAACAGGUCAGUAUCAAGACAACAACCAUCAGUGCAAAGUGUCCAGGCUGGGCUGAGUGAAGAUGAGGCCUUGGCACGAGCUAUACAGAUGUCAAUGUCAGAAACAAGACAACAGAAACCCACUACCUCUAAAGAUGAAGAUCUAAUGUUAGCUCAAGCUUUAUAUGAAAGUGAACAGGAGGCAGCCAGAAACCAGAGACAGGUGGGUACAGAUUUAGAAUUUGAUUAG